AUGUCCGACUUGGGUCGCCAGUGGGCCCUUCUCCUAGUCCUGACCGCCCUCCUACUCUCGGUCUUGGUGCUCGGCCAGAUCGUCACUCGCUACACUUCCGCAUACCGCUCCGCGCCGACAGAGGUCUCGGCCUUUCUAGACGCCCUCGACUCGUCUGUGGAGGAGAACGAAUCCUACGAUCGCGACCUUAGCCGCGUCCCCCGCCUUGAGGACAAGCUCCGUCUGGGUCGCCUGCUGCGCGACAUCCAGAAGGCCGGUGAUGACCUGCGCGAGGACCUGAACGGGCUCCUGCUCGUCGCAGGCCACGGCGGCCUCGUCCCGGCCGUGGACGAAGUCACCCCGGCCGCCAGCGACACCAAACUCGGUGCUGCCGGCAAUAAUGUCGUCUCGACCACCCCGCGCCUGCGCCUCCCCGCUCGCCUCCUCUGGUCUGCGCGCCGCGCCGAGCUGUCGGAGCGAGUGCGCCGUCUGGACAUGCUCAGAAUGCGGUUCCUGGUCAUGUACAUGAGCAUCGUCGCCUCCACGACCAGCGCCGCGGCCGAGCGGGCGCAAAAGAACCCGAUGACGUCGCCGAUGCAGCGCGAUCCUGAAAAGCCCUCCGGUCUCGGCAUCAUCAGUCCCGACCAGACACCGCCUCAAGGCCGCGCGCAACUUGCCUCUCCGCUGACGGAGACGCCCAGCCCAAUCCAAGAACCGCCCCCGAACUUCCCCGCGCUCGGCGUGUCGAUCCGCGAAGCCAUCAAGCGCAGGCCUCCGCUGCGGCGCAUCACCACUCAGGCCAUGGGUCACCACACAGAGACUAACGACGAAGACGGUCCAGGAGGUAACGGCGGUGCUCAUCGCCGGGGCUGGGCCGGCGUGGUUCAGGAGCUGCAGCGAUCACCUUUGAUGCACAAGCGUCAUAUGAGCAUCGAGAACGCGAUGGCCAGGAGCAUGUCACCCUGA